GUGGGCACAGGUGGGUGGCACUGGUGGGCACAGGUGGGUGGGCACAGAUGUGGGUGGCACUGCUGGGCACAGGUAGGUGGCACUUCUGGGCACGGGUGGGUGCACUGCUGGGCACAGGUGGGUGCACUGCUGGGCACGGGUGGGCGGAGCUAGUGGGCGCACUGCUGGGCGGAACUUGCGGGUGGCACUGCUGGGCACCGAUCAUCAGGGCACUGAUCAUCAGAGCCCUGAUGAUCGGUGCCGAUCCCCGCUCUGACAACUGCCGGUUCUCGGCAGUACUUUCCUCACGAUCUGACAGCGUGAGGAAAGUGCAGCCGAGAACCGGCACUUGC